AUUAUUUUCUUUGGUCUAUCCGCUUGCCGGUGGACUGGAGUGGAGUGGCGGUGGCGGUGGCGCACACUCGCGGCGGCUCGUGCGCCCCUCCGCCUAUCGCCGCCGGCGGCCGGCCACCCACCCUCGAACGCCGCGGUGACGCCGGUGAGUUCUCGCUGCCCUAUCCCCUAAACCAGAUUUUCCGAGCGGUGCCAUGAGAGUCCGUCGAGUUCGCCUGAGCCAUUCAACUCCGCCGUGAGGGUGGGGGUCUCCGACGUGCCCGUCGGCGCGAUUCCGGGAAGCCGCCGCCGCCGUCGUCCUGCCACUGGGGCUGCCUCAAUCAGGUGCUCUGUUUGCAGCGCCAUCCACGAGACGGGUUUAUCCCAUUAGCCCACUACCUUUCCCUACAUUUCUCUCUUCUUCGCCGCAGCUCGAUUUGCACAAGUUCGGUUUCAUGAUUUUUCUUUCAACACCAAAGCGAAUAGCAUUACAUCAGAAUCUGUGCAUGUUCAUGCGCAGUUUCAUUCUUUGGACGAUGAAUCACCGUACAUUGAAAGUAUAUUUAAGUUUAUAACUGGGAAUUGUUGUUUGAAACUGAAUAGGGAUGUUGGCAGGCUGGGAAACAUUGGCUUCCUGUCCUGCGAGUGUCAUUCAUUCGUUGAUCAAAGUGUUAUUAGUGGUUACCUUCAUGCAGUGGCCAGCCACUGCUAUCGUUGUUGUUCCGAAUUCAAACUGUUUUACCUUCGACAACAAUAGCCGCCUUGUGGACUUUGCAGAUCUAAUCGGGAAGAACUUUGAAUAUAAUGAAAAGGGCUCAGUACCUUCUGAUUUGGUUGUCCAGUUCUGCAAAGAUGUGCAGAGAAGAUCUCAAGCGGGAUAUACGGACUUUGGACGUUUUAUCAGUUCUCGCUCUUUUAUAACUGGUUCACAGCCUAUUGACUUUAUUCAGACAUUCCAAUAUGGAGAUCUAGUGCACUGUGAAACUACUUUUGAGAAGAUGGGCCGCACAUCACAGGUAAACAUCAUAUGCGGUCAAUGCCCAAAUAAAGAAUGCAAAGGCAAACAAGGAUGCAUCUGUAGUAUAUCUUAUGAUGAACUGAUGUGCAGGGUGACUGUUGAACUUGCUAUCCCAUGUCCUAAAAGUGGUCCAAGAGUAUUUAAGGGUUUCACUGUCGGAUUCCAUCCCCGGUCAUCAGAGUUGGUUUAUAAUGGAUUGACUCAACUGGGAUUUGAGCAAUCUCAUCAUGAGUUCAGCUUUCAGGGUGAGCAGAGUCAUGUAUCCCUGUAUCUUAGUGCAGUGUUUUCACUCUCAGGACUUGUUGGAAAACCUUCCUUGAAGGUUAAUCCAGUUAAAGGGCUUGAUGUGACACUGACAGGAUCAGGGACCAACGGUGCUAUGCCUACUACCCUGUCCCCUACAAUUCUGAAUGUGAUCUGGAGAUGUGAAAUCGCGCGGAGCAGUCCUUAUGAGGUCAACAUUUUGAUUCCAGUAGAAGGCUAUGAUCCAAUUGAAUUUACGCUCACCAAAGAAUGUGUUCAUAUACAAGAAAAAGAGAGUAAUCCAAUGAGAGGCUGGGCAACAUUUGGGAUUAUUUCUUGCAUGUAUGUGUGCCUUGAACUUUGUAAAUUAGCUUCACAGCAAUGCUUCAUUGUGUUGUCAAGUCUACUUUGUUGUGGAGGUUUCAUCUACAAAACACGUGUCCAACAUCAGUCUGGUUUAUAUGCGCUGCCUGGGAUGACCAUCUUGUCUGCCUUCCUAGAUGCGGUUGGUGGACCAAGCUACAUGAGAGCAGAUGAUCAUGGCGGAAACCAUGCAAGCCAAGCAUCAUGGGAACGCAUGCCUGGUACCUCACAAGCAGCAGAGCAUGGCACCAAAGAUAGGAGAUACGGAUCACUUUGAACUGAACGAUGCUUUAGUUUUUGAGGGUUGCUUUUUUGUAAGUUUGAAGUAUUCUGUAAUCAGACAAACUCUGCACUUCAUCUGCAGUUGAGCUUCCGAAGCAUUGCUUAUCAUCUUUUCAGCUUAGAUGGUGUUAUGAAUUGUGGUGGUGGAUCAUUCAGCAUGCCACCAUCGUCAUCGCCAUCCGAUCGACGUGCAUGCUCAUUAGCAGAUACUAGACCUCUGUUCUUAGAUAGUGCUCCCUCCAGUUUUUAAUGCUCAACAUUAUUGACUUUGGACAUAUGUUUAAUGAUUUAUCUUAUUAAAAAACUUAUGUAAUUAUAAUUUAUUUUGUUA